AUGUCAGAAGGCAGCGUUCAGCCGCUCUUGUUUGAUGGCAUCGCAGGUCGAUCGGCGCACGCAGCUGAGAAGAUAGCCUGGAGGAUUGCUCAGCUCUGGAACAGAUUUGCCCUUCCUCUGCAAAAAUUCUGCUGGAUUCCACAAGAAAGUGCUUACAGCUGCGGCGCAAUCGCCCUCCUGCACGCGAGCCAGUAUCUUCUUGGCAGUCCAGCUCCUCUCUGGCAUCUUUUGCCAGGACUAAAUGCGGCCGCUACUCAGUACGGAGGCCUAGCCCGUGUUCGAGCUGCAGGUGGCCUUUCAAAAGAACAAGAGCAGGAGUUCCGCAAGAUCCUGCUGGAUAGAGGAGUAAAGCCAACCCUGGUUGAUGAACGAAUUGCAGCCGCAGUGGCACGAAUUGGUGCUGCCCCCUUGGCAAAGGCUCUGGCUCAUAGGAAUCCUUGGCCAGCUCUGAAGGCGGCUGCUUCCCAACCAGCCUCAUCCUUUAAGUUCGUGACGGCUGACGAACUUGAGGCACAAAUCGAGAGCCGAGCGACGAGCCAGCGCUUUGGGUCGGCCGUUCCGCAAGGCAAAACUAAGAAGCAAGGCAAGACCUCUAGAAAGCAGCCCACUGCUCUUCAUGUUGACCCCAGUCACCUGCAACUUCUGCAAGGCAGCUUUGUCGCGGCUGGAGGGGGACCUCUGGCCCAACUUUCAUUUCAUGAGGUCCAAGCUCAAAAGGUUGGGGUCGCGUUUUGCACCGCAGCGCAAAUGCAACCGUUUCUUGCUGAUUUUCACACGCUCAGCAUAGAUGCCUUAGCUUUGGUGUCAACAGCAGUGCUCCCUGACGACAUUCUGGCAGGCCUGCCGGCAACAACCAUCCGAUACCCGGCAACGUACGCUCCAACAGGUGAGCCCAUCCUAAUCCGGGGGACCAUCCUCCAGUUGGGCGAUGAAAGCGUUGAGCUAGCGAAACAAGACAUCACCGAACUCGAACCAGUGCAGACAGUAGCAAUGCGCAUGUCGGUGUACAAGGAUGAGGCAGGUCUGGACUGGCAGGAGUUCAGCCAAGCCCCAAUCAAAUGCGUCUUUGGAAAGUUCCCUUGUGCAAAGACAGCGCCUGCUCGGGCGACUGUCCUCGCUUUCACUGUGCGGUGGACGAACCAUUGGAACAAUUGGUUCUUGACGUCUGGGCACGGCAAUGGGCUAAGAUUGACGGGGGACGCACCUCCUGUUCAGAGGCAGCCGCUUUCCAUGCAUUGCUUCGCGUUCCCGCUUCGUCUCUCAAACAUUUUCAGUGAUGGCUUCAAUGCUCACCCAGGUUUUGCGGUCGUGCGGCUGCCACAAGCUGACCGCGCAGCUGCCCAACACGCUUUGCGUACCUGCGAGAAGGCCCUGUGCCUUGCCAGGCUUGGCCGUAAGUGGGGGCUUCGAGUCCGCGAGACGGACGAGGAGUCGGUAUUUGCGGCCUUUCGGCCGGGUGUCCCCUUUAUCAAAGUUGCUGCUCACUUUAAGUGGCGCAUCCACCCUUUGCCCUGUGGCAUCCAGCGCCAGCAACUGGCCGCGCUUCUGAAGCGCUGGAAGUGGACAGCACGUCCAUUGCAGCCUUUGAAAGGCGAUGCUUCGGGCAUGGCCUGGCUUGUGGGCUCGGAGAGCGAACCUCCUUCUACUGCUUUGCCGGUUGGGGAGGACUAUGCAUUGGUUACUUUGCAGAAGGGUCUCUCACAGGGGCCGACGCAGGUUCCAGUGCGCGCCUCUCGCAAAACCAAGCGCCACAUCAUUUAUGAUGAUGGCGAGCCAGGGCCAUCAGAGAGCGAUCCGUGGGUUUUGGGGCCUGAUCCCUGGGCAAAAGCCGCCACUGCAAUCAAGCCUCCACCGGGUCUUUCACUCCCCUCAGCAGGAGCCACCGCAGCGAGCACAAAGCUUGACAAAUUGAGGCAGGAGCUCAAGGAUCUCUCUGCUUCACAUGAGGAUCGCUUCAAGAAGCUUGAGGUCUCUGUCUCAGAGCUUCGGUUGCAGAAUGAAAAAUUUGAAGGUUGGUUCUCCUCUUUCGGCAAGCAGGUGUCGGACAAUGCAUCCCACCUUCAGGCUUUGGAUGGGCGUCUCGAAAAGCAGCAGCGCCAACUUGCCCAGGUACAUUCGGAGGUCUCCCGCACGGCGGAAGCAGUCAAUCAGACUGUUACCAGUGCGGUCGGUGCACUGGGAGCACAGCUUGGCGAGCAGCUGCAGGACGAGGAGCCAGGGCCAUCUCCGGUGAUUUUAAUCACGACGCCAGUGCUCUGGAUCAGAUUGCCAUCUGGCGACGUCUUGGAUGGGUUCGAAGCCUGGCGCGCCAGUCAGCGAAGCACGAUUCUGAAAGCCCGAUAUGAGGAGCAUCGAAAUCUGCUCUUCCAGGAUCUGAGGGAUCCAUGCCCUGAUCAGGCAGACUUUUUGGCGCAGCACAAAACUUACUCGAUCCUUGCGCAUGAUGCCAGUUCAGGCCGGGUUCUGCUUGACGAGGGUAUCCCAGACAAAGGCAUAUCCACAUGGCAUGUUGCCGGCUCUCCAAUUGAUGUUGAACCAGUGGGGCCAGAAUGUCUCCUUGCGCGGUCCGGCUGUGUGCCUCACGAAGGGAUGGAGCUGGACCAUACACUGGUGAUCUCCCGCUCAGAUGAAAUCCUGCGUGAAUUUGAAGAUUUUUGGCGCCUGCGUUGGAACAAAUCCUCGGAUGGUUCCGGGGGGUGGGAUCGACUGCAGGCUUUUGCCUCUGCUUAUUUUCCCAAUUUGCGGAUACAGCUUCCGCCGAUCACUGUCGAGAUAUGGAAGGAUGCUCUCAGGCGCUACAAGCCCAGGGCAGCCAGGGGUCCUGAUGCCUACAGCCAUUUGGACUUGAAACAGAUGCCGCCGCAUCUCAUGCAACAACUUCUGGACUUUCUGCACUCCAUCGAGAAUGGGGACCGUGCUUGGCCUGCGCAGUGGACUUUGGGUUUCGUCCUCAGCUUGCUAAAGCCGGGCCGCGCCCCAGACUCAGUUAAUGCAUACCGACCCAUUGUCAUCCUGUCAGUCUUGUACCGCACUUGGUCCUCAGCGCGAGCUCGACAGAUCUUGCAGGCCAUUGAACCACUGACGCCAUCUCAUGCACUAGGCUACAUGCCAGGACGUGAGGCUACUUCCAUGUGGUAUCAGCUUGAGGCGCUGAUUGAAGUCUCUGUCCAGUCUGGUGCCGAGUUGGCUGGAUUCGCCACGGACAUUGUAAAGGCUUUCGAGAAUCUUCCGAGAGAGCCAUUGUUUGGUGUCGCCAGGGGUCUCGGCCUGCCGGAUUCUGUGUUGCAGCCUUGGUCUACUUGUUGA